AUGAGCUACCUGGUCUCUGGUGGCCGAGAUGACCUGAUCAAUGUCUGGGACACAACCAUCGAGCGAAUAGUCUACAGCCUGCCCCAGCCCAACGCAAAUAUUGCCUCGAUCGAUUUCUCCUACUGCAACAAUCUGCUGGUUGUUUGGAGCCAGGACUGCCAUCUGAGCCUUUGGGAGUUUCAGCUGCUCGUCAAGUGCCCCGAGAAGAAGGUUUCGUCCACCCAAAGCACCAAAGCAAGUGAGCUGGCGCUAAUCAGCACGAUUCAGGCCUGUAAAAAUGGAAUUUUCCUUCAAAGUGGGUUCGUCGGUCGCGAUGCCCUGAUUGUCAUCUGGACGAUGAGUUCUCGGAAGGUAAUAGCGUUAAGCCCGAAAGCAGCCGAGAAGAAGACUGGCGUUGUGAAGGCUCUUGAAACUUGUACUUUGAAUACAGAGAAAUGAUGAGAUUGAUGCAGAAAUAGCUUCUCGGACCCAGGCGCUGAGGCGAGUCAUCGAUGGAAAGCACCGUGGAUUCC